AUUCCUCACUGUCAAGGAAGCAGUAUGGCGUGAAAAUAGCAAGACGUUUAAACUUGCUCGGACAUUAAACAUGAUUUUAAAUUGUAAAGACAGGUGAAAAUAAUGCUUUUAUGAAAUGUGCUUCUUUUUCACGUUUUGAAGAAAGUUCAGAACUAACGAAAUGGACGCGGGAAGGAUGAUGAUCAAUGACCAGGUUAUUCUGGAGGAAGAUUACGAUGAGAACUAUCAGCCUAGCGAAGACGAGAUCGUUGAGUAUGCACAGAUCAUUGGUAUUGAUCCUCGUACAGAGCCCCAUCUUCUUUGGAUUGCACGGGAGGGAAUAAAUGCUCCUCUGCCUGAAAACUGGAGACCCUGUCAAGAUCCCAAUGAUGACAUCUACUAUUUCAACUUUGCGUCGGGAGAAAGUAUCUGGGACCAUCCAUGUGACGAGUUUUAUCGGAAAAUGGUGGCUGAUGAGCGCAAGAAAUAUAUCAUGGGAGGAGGGUCCAGAGCAGGUCCUGGUGGUCAAGGGCCUGGAGCUGCAGCAGGGAAGAAAGGAAAAAUGGGAAAAGUGGAUGGAAAGAAGAAAAAAGACAAACAAAACAAACAAUCUACAUUAAAACAGUUGGGGACCUUUGAAAGCCGAGCAGAGCCUGGGGACACCCUCCCUCCACAGGGGCGGGUCUGGACCAGGGAGUGGUCUGGAGCCAAUGAAACUGGGGGAUCACUGGGGCCACUUAGGGGCUCAGCCGGAACCAGUCAACCGAUGCGGUCAAGCAUGAACACAACAACUGGGUCGUUUAAGUCUGGUCAGGCAGUGAACUUGAGUAAGAGUGGAAAUCUGACGAGUAGCAUGAGUAUUCCAAUGUACUCUGGGGAGUUCGAGGAUGACGAGAUUGACCAUGAAAGACCUGUACGACACAGCGUAGAACUGGAGAUUCACGACGUGGCUGGCCUAGGGUACGAGGACUCGGACAGUGAUAAGUUGGGCCAUAAGGAAUCUGACAGCGACAGUGAGGAUUACGGCAAGGAUAUCGACUUUGGGAUUGAUAAUAAUUUAUCAGAAAGGAUUAUGAACCUUGGAACAGAGAAUUUGGACCCAGUUCGGGGCUCGCUGGAGAAGUUACAAGACUUUGACCCUACCAUGUCCGCCCUGUCCACGGCGAGGGGUGACUCCCCCGGGGGUAAUAUUAGUCCUCUUGAUCGACCGACCCCGGACGACAGAAAGAAACGUGCUGAGGUUGCUGCUUCAGCUGCUGAAAGUCCUGGAGGCUCUAGACGUCUCACACGACAGGAUUCGGCAGAAAUGCCUGCGCGAGCAGAUCAGGACCGCUUUAUGAGGGAGGAGGAAAGCAAAAUCAAACUCAACAAUGACCGAACUCUUCAAGACUUGAGACUACGACUGAGGAAGGAACUAGAGAAUGCCAAGCUUGACUUAUUAGAGGAUAAAGACAGGAAAUUGCGGAAACUUAAAGAGGAGAUAAUUCUAGACCAGGAGACAGAAGAAGCGCGCCUGAAAAAAGAUAAGGAACUGCAAUUUAAUGAGUUCGACACUCAGAUUAAGUCUGAUCUAGAGAAAGAAAAAAAGUCUUUAGAGGAAGAAAAAGCUGCCACGCUUGAGCGAUUAGUUAAGGAAAUGAAGGAGAAACAUUCAGAAGAGGAAAAAAAUCUGCGAAAACAAAUGGAUGAUGACCUUGAGAAGCUACGAGAAGAAGUGAGGUCACUACAAAAGGAAGAGCAGAGCCGAUUGGUCGAAGACAAACAUAAAAUUCUCGAGCGUUUAAAAUCUCAGGUUGACUCCGAGACGUUAGAAGAGCAACGUCGUCUAGAGGAACAAAAACGUGAAAAAUUUGAGGCACUUCAGGCGAAACAAAGACUAGAACUAGAGAAUAUGACGGACGAGGCAGAGCGGAAACAUCGCGAUAAAGUCGACCAGGUCAAGCGUGACUCGUCAGAUAGACACGAAAAGGAGCUUCUGCGCAUUAGAGAAGAACUUAAGCGUGUUCAUGAACAAGAGCAGGAGGAGAAAGAACAAGAGCUGGAGGCUGCUAAGCAACGUCAGAAGGCUAUCGACGAUCUGGACAGAGGGCUGGAUGAGGUUAUGGCUGAGCGACGACAGGAUGUUCAGCAGCAGCAGCAGAAGGAGCUGGGACGCCUCAGAGAUGAGCAUGACAGCACCAUCCGAAAACUCCGUGACGAGUUCCAAGAUAAGGAGAGGAAGGAAAGACAACUCUUGGACGAGAAAAUUGAGAGUGAGGUUCGGAAGCUCCAGAAACAGAGUGAACGGGACUUGGAGGAAGCUCGUCGGAAAUUUGAACGGAAACGAGAAUCUAUGGCUGAACAACUUGAGGAUGAGUUUAAACAGCAGCUGAAGGAGCAGAAACACAAGCUCCGGCGCCAGACUUCUAGUCUAGAUAGACAGGAGGAAGAAUAUCAGGAAAAAGUAGCAGAAUUUGAACGGAAGAAGACAAACCUGGAAAAGUCUGCCAAGAAUUUAGAUACUCAGGAAAAGAAAUUGGAUGAAAGAAGAAAGAAAUUUCGAGAAGAUAAAGAUAGUUUUGAGUUGGAUCAAGAUGACGCAUUCUCCAGUAAAAACAACCAACUUAGCACUCGGGAGUUGGAGAGGCUGAAGGAAGAACGGAAACAGAUCUCCGAAGAAAUUAAGGCAGAGAAUGACACUCUUGAACAGCUCAAGUCUGAACGACGCACGAUCGAGUCGGACAUCACCAAGCUGAAGAUGACUCGGGAAAACAAUAACAGGAAACUAAAUGAGAUGAAGGAACGUAUGGAUCGUAAAGGCAAGGAUCUGGACAGUUUACAACAACGAAUCAUCGUCGCUGCCGACGAGACAAAAUCCAUUGCUGAAGAGAGGCUCCGGGCCAGCAGUGCAGCGAGGUCAUAUGGUACGCCUGAUGUAAACGCCACACCAACACGGCGUACCCCAGUUGCAGGUUUACUCAGCGACGACGAAAUUAUCACUGAUGUGCCUCCGAAAAGACGAGCCAAGAGAAUACACUACUUGGAUGAACGGACAGAUGAGGAGGAUGUGUCGUCAUUCGGUGGACGAGCUUGGCAGGAUCUUUUGUCGGAUGACGAUAGCCUGGAUGACGUCCCUAUAGCCAGACAUGUUCCACGCAACAAUGGUGAACUUAAGGAACACUUUUCUAAAGAGAAAACUGCUAUUUCUGCUACUAAAGAAUUCCUGCGUAAACAGAGGCAGUCUUUAAAACGCCGGCAGUCUGCACUUCAAGCUGCCCGUCAGGAGCUUACAAAAGAUAUUGUAAAACAGAGGCAAGGGAAUCUGUCACCAGAUAGCGCCUCUGUGCUGGCGGAUGUGAAACAGAGCCUGGAGAGAGAGGAGUUUGAGCUGGACCAGAUUGAGUCACAGAUGAGGACUGGCAGUCGUCUCGUCAGGGAGAAGGAGAGACGACUACGUCAACUCAAGUCUCAGGUCCACACAGGCAACAUUGUACAUCAGUCGGAGAGUGACAGCGACAUUGAUUAUUCCCCGUUCGAGCAUCACUACCGUCCCGCCAGCAUGCCGAACCUUGACCUCAGUGAAGACGAGGGCAGCAGUGGUAUCAGUAGUAACGACAACAGCCUUGACAACGUCAUCAGGGCAUUGACAAAACAAAACAAUCAGCACCAAUCGCUGGGUCCGCUGACUGUGAAGGUCAAACAAGACGGAGAUCCUAUUGCUGCCUCACUCCAAAAAAUCAACACAGAGCUCGCUCAUAUAAUUACGAAGAUUGGCACAAAUAGUGCUCCCGGCACCCCUAUGCUGGGGACCCAAGGUUCGGGUGAAGGGAAAGCCUACAGUAUACCGCUGUAUACUCCUCCUCCUCAGUCGACCGGUGUGUACAGCUCAGCUGUUGUACCCCACGGCCAGCCAAUACAGGCCUGGGCCCCUCCAAACCCAUAUCUAAACAGCCCAGCACACCAUGUUGACUAUGCGUCCCUUGUCAUGUCAGCCGAGCAAUCAUUAGAACGAAAAUGGAGGAAAUAUUUUGGAGACCGACGCCCUCCCCUUACUAGUGCUUCUUUACCACCAGGUGGUGCUCCAGUCGCCUUCGGUCAUACCACAGUCAGGGACCAGCUCCGACAAUACAGAAUGACGCUCCAGGAAAAUUUGACAAGCAAUCCGGCAAGUAGUGUGUCUACUCAGGAUAAACUAUCAGAACAGAAACGCUGGCUUCAGAAGUUCGGCCAGGACAUCAGUUUUGGAACAUCGUUCAUCAAAGCGCCCGGCUCUGAUGCUGGAUCUGUGAAGAGUGUUGGUGCUGGUUCAGUCUCCAGCUUGAACAUGGCAGACCCAACAAUUUCGUCGACACCGCAGAGACCUGCUCCUCCGGGCACAGCCCGACUUGAACUGGAUGAGCAUGAUGAAAUCCGCGUCCGACAUCUCAACUUAAAUAUAUAAAAUGUAAUAUCAUGUUUGUAUAGUGACCUUAUUGAUAUUAAAAUAAACCAAAAGCUGUCUAGAAACAGGACUGAAAAAGAAAAUAGCAAAAUAACUAAAAUUUUCAAUAAUUCAAAGAAUCUCCUGGUUUCAAGACAUAUUUGAUGCAUAUCUAUUAAAACUUGAAGAACUUGAAGAGUCAAUUCAUAAAAAAGAUAGUAAUUUAAUAUCAACAUUUUUCAGUGAGCCGCAAUAUCUCGGUAGGUAAAACAUGGAUAUAAGCACACAAAUCUAAAUCUUUAACACCGGGAGUAUGAUAAGAGGUUGUGAUUAUUCAGUCAUGAAGGGUAUUCAUUCAUAUAAGCUAUUAUCUUAUUAUUUCAUUAGCUUUAUGCUGUAAAGUGUUGUACAUAUUUCAACAGCAAGAGUUAUGUAGAAAUGUUUUAUCUGGUUUGUUUGAAAGUGAUGUAUUGCUGCAUCUAAAACUUGAUAGAUUUGCAAGUGAUGCAUUUGUACAUUGAGAGAGGAAAACAAUUCUGAGAGAGAGAGAGUGAGGGAGAGAGAGAGCGAGAGUCAGUAAUCAGCAUUAAUACAAUGGGUGCUGUUCCUAUCCUUCCUCUUUUACAUAAUUAUUAUAUAAUAAUGCAUUCAUCAUCAUUACCAUGGAAGUACCUUCGCAUCACCUUACCGCUGUUGUGAGGAUGAUAUGAGUUUAUACCAAGUUAUCUGACGUAAUAAUCACCUAAUGGAGGAGUUGAUCCUGUUUUUCACAAGGAAUUGAUAUCUUGUGCACAAAGAAGCCAACGAAAUGACAAAGUGUUGUAAAACAGCGUUAGUAUCUCUCAUUGUGAAAACAUUCUUGAAGCUAUGAACUUGAGAAUAUUAGAGGCAUGAAGAGAAUAUCCGAAGCAUGAAAUAACGUUGUUAGCUAUAUUAAACGUGCAUCAUGACUGAACAUGCUCACUAUUAUUUAUAGUAGAACCUGUCUAUAAGGACUACCUGUCUAAAUGGAGCAGUUUUCAUAGAUAGUCGUUAUCUAAUCUUUCACAGGAAUUAAUGUAAAUAUAUCAUAGCUAAUUGAAGUGACUCGGAAUGAAUGAGAAGUCACUGAUGUUAAUGUAGCUUGUAACUUAAGGAAUACUUUUUUGUUACGGUUGUAUUUAGCCAAAUGUAUGUCGACAUUGUGUAGAUAUCCAUCAUAUAUACUAUAUUCUUCCUAAUGAGUGCAAGGUCAUAGAAUAGGAAGGGGUUCUUAAUAAAACAUACUUCGAGGUGGAAAAAACGGUUGAAAAGGAAAUUGUUUGCAAAUGGAUCAGCUAUAUGCCAUCUUUGGAACAUUUUUGGCCCAGAAAAAUCAGUCUUUAUUGACAUGUCAUUGACGUAAGCAACCAUUUAAGGCUUUGAAUUAAUUGAUUGAUAGGGACAGGUGCACUUAUUAGAAAAAGUACAGUAAUACCCUUUUUUGGUUUACAACAGAACAGUUUCUAUUUCGUUGACAUUUACUGUGAUAUUGAUAGAUUUAUGAAGGGGAUUUAUGAAGGGGACUAACUCUUUAUUCAAGGGGACUAACUCUUUAAUCAAGGGGAAAUAACUCUUUAAUCAAGAGGAAUAACUCUUUAGUCAAGGGGAAUAACUCUUUACCAAGGGGAAUUACUUCAUACAGAUAUGCUCUAGAAUCGAAUUUCUAGUGUUAAAUAAAUUACGUCUAUGUGUUUUAAUUCAAUGUAUAUGUUGGACCUCUUGUAAGUUUUGGUGGAAUGAUCUGUCAUGUAAAACUCUAUGGGAUCUCAAGGUGGAAUGAUCUGUUAUAAGGUGAAGUGAUCUGUCAUGUAAAACUCUAUGGGAUCUCAAGGUGGAAUGAUCUGUUAUAAGGUGAAUUGAUCUGUCAUAUAAAUCUCGAUUGGAUCUCAAGGUGGAAUGAUCUGUUAUAAGGUGAAUUGAUCUGUCAUAUAAAUCUCGAUUGGAUCUCAAGGUGGAAUGAUCUGUUAUAAGGUGAAGUGAUCUGUCAUAUAAAACUCUAUGGGAUCUCAAGGUGGAAUGAUCUGUUAUAACGUGAAGUGAUCUGUCAUAUAAAUCUCAAUUGGAUCUCAAGGUGGAAUGAUCUGUUAUAAGGUGAAGUGAUCUGUCAUAUAAAUCUCAAUUGGAUCUCGAGGUGGAAUGAUCUGUUAUAUACCUUUAAGGUUCAUUGAUCUGACGGUGAGAUGUGUCAUUAGAGACAUUUUAAGCCUUUUACUUCGUGUCGACCUGUUGGUGUGAUGUUUUCAUGUUAAUUAAAUUCCGUAGACUUAGCAGCUAUGUUUAAUUGUAUCCCAGCUCUCGGUGCUCAAUCCAGCAAAACAUGAAUAUUUCUUAUAUCAUCUUCUAUCCUGGAGUCAUUUACUGUUGUAAUAGAAAACAAUGUCUUUACCAUUACAAGAGAUAUAAUCCACGAUAGAAUUGGCAUAAACUAACAUUUUUCUUGAAUACUGAAUAGUUUAAAAUAGCACGAACAAUAAAUAAACUUAAGUCUGUGGUAUUGAAGUUAGUUAUUGUCAGAACUGGAGUAUGACUCGUAAGGGGUGAUAGAACGUAAGAUACAAGUAAAUUCUGGGGUCAAAGUUGAAGUGUACUAAUUAUACCUCAUUAUAAAAUUACUUGGCAUUAUUUCUGUAAAUAACCGGCCUAUAUAUUUAAUUAUUUGAUGAUACGUCCAAAUGAUCAGGAAGUAUUAUCGGAACUGAUUGUAUGUGAUGUUACUCUGACUGUGCCUGUUACUGUAAAAACGAUCUAAACGUUAGCACUACCUCAAAUUAUUAAAAUUUCAAUAGUCUCAUUGCAUUUUAUUUUUCAAAUUAAGAAGAGAUAUGCAAAAUGGCAUAAGUAAUGAUUAAAUUGUUUAAAUUUUAAUUCAAAUGUUUUGCAAAAAGAAAUCAGCAAAAUGUAUGUAAAAUGUUUCUUCCAAUAUCGUGUAAUAACGCUUAUUUCAUGUCCACGUGCGUGUUAUUUUUAAAAUAUUGUUUAUUCUUUUAAACUACUGCGUUUAAACUCCCUGAUCUACAUAAUGUAUGUUAAGAAUAAUACAUUUUCUGGAUUUUUGUUUGUUUCUUUCUGGUCUAAGCAUGUGUCUUAAAGUUACGAUUUUGGUUAAAAACAAUAUGAAAUUAGUCUAAUUGAUAGACUUUUUCCAGCUACAUCUGAAAGUACGUAAUGUAUCGAAAUAACUACCAACACUAUCUAAGAUUGUCAUGGAUUACUUGUACACUUGUACAUAUGUGACGUUUUUUUGUAUAAGAACACCCCCCCCCCCCCCUAUAUUUCAGAUUAGUAUAGUACGUUACAUAACGAAAGACGAAAUAUUCUUAAUGUUGCUUGAGUAAUUUGAGCAGAUGAACAAGUCUCAACGAACAUGUUUGUUCUCUAUUUGCUAGUCCAUUAUUGUAUAUACCGUAAUUAAACUUCGUUCAUCAGUCCAUUGUAUGAUACUCAUUGUCAUCAACCUCGACAUAUUUUACUCAGUUUUAUAUGUGUAAACUAUGCAAUACCAUUAUCAUAUACUUUGUAAUGUUAUCAAUAAAACGUAUUUUUUGUAGAAAGGAA